GACAACGCGAAUCAUCUUACAAAAUAAUAGGACACACCUGUUGAUCUGAAAUUUACCUGCCAACUGAGUGCGCCGCUGCACAGACGUCUCAGAUCUUUGCUUUGAUAACUCUGACAGUUUCAGUCUGCAAUGAUGAAGAUAAAAGUGAUAAAAGACAACGUUCACACUUGCAGACUGUGUAUAUUUGAGGUGCAGGCUGACACGUUGCUAUUAGAAGAAAAAACACACUAUCAAACACAAAGUAGUCCACAUUGAUUGACACAUCAAACCACCUGUGCGUAAAGAGACAACGUGAAAUCUCAACUGAGAUCAGCAAUUCUCUAAAAUUCCCCCUUUAUAUCUUCUGGGAUGAAAUGUCGCAAGUAGGUCAGACCACGCCAUCACAUCUGACUGAAGGUUACCCUGUGACGAACCUGACUUUAGUGGUGCUUUUGCUCAUACCCUGCGUGGUUAUUCUGCUUCUGCUGAACUGCCUGUUUCUGGGUUACAAGUUACUGAUCCUGUCAAAGAAGAACAGCAGACAGAAGCGAGAGGACACAGAGGAGAUGCUUCUGCAGUCCACCCUGCAGAGAGUCAGAAGAGUGUCCGAUGUGGCCUUCCCCCCGCUGCAGGACGGGAGGAGAGCUUACAUGUCUCUGUCGGACCCCGUCCUGCCCCAUCCUGUCACCUCUUCCAGGGCUUCAUCCAGGGAGAGAGCCGGGAUGGAUCACAGGAUCCGGCUCUUGAGGCCAGAUGGUGCCACUGGCUCAGGGUCUCUGAGGGCGCCGAGCACCAUCCGGGCCACUUCCUCCGCGGCUGGUUUCACCCCAAGACUCGACCUGCCCUCCGGGUCACGGAGAUGCAGCAUCAGCAGAGCGGACUGGUGUAAGAGCGCACCAGUCUUACCGCAGUCCAGUGACUCAGAGGCUGAAACCAGAGUGAACCUUGUUCCGCCCAACUCUCCCACGGAGACAGAACAUGUGGGUCAUAUUCGUCGGAGCAGUACCUACCAGAUGCUGACAGAUGUGAACCCGGGCGCUGCGGUGCAUGUGUUUGACAAAAUAGACAUGGCAUGCGAGUACACCAACCCGCCUUCAGAGGUGUCCUGCCUGAACACAUCUGCAGUAGGUCCUGGACUGGACAGCGACUUCGGUGCAAGUGCAGGUGUCUCCCUGCGGAUUUUGUCAGCAGACAGUGACGGUUUGUCCAACGGUGUGCUGGCUUCUGCUUUGGAGUGGGAUUAUUAUGACCCCUGCUACGUCAAACAGAAUAAUGUACCCAAACAUAAACACCACAGACCUGUGAUGCACACCAAACAGUACUGGGUGUAAAAUGUCCCAGCUGUCAGCAUUAUUAGUAGUUUUAAUAUUUAUUAUUUUUAUUAUUUAUAUAUUUAUUUAUUUCUAUUUAAAUAAAAUGUUUUUUGUUUUUGGAAAGACACAUUUGUUUUCUCUCACUAGUCAUCACUAUGAUUUGACACUAAUUUAAAUUUACAUGUUUUGAUGAUGAAUGCACUCCGCCACAGAAUUUGUUCAUAUUGAAGAAUAUUUACGAUGCACUUUUCACUUAAAGUAUUGUUAAAUAUUUACUGUGCACUCUUCACGUAUGUUCAUGUUAAAUAUAGUCAUUACUUCAUAACACCAGAGCUGUUGAGCCACUUCUGGAUUUCAUAAACAUUCACACUGAGUUAUUCACUGCUAUUGUUUGAAACGUUUCAAUUCACUCUGACCAAUAAAGACUAAUUUAGAAUUUAAUAAAGUUCUUGAUUACUU